GUGUUGCUGUGGAAUAAUGUUUUAUGUUUGAUAAAAUUAGAAGGAUUUGAAAUAUGUAGCAAGUUUUUUACAAUUUAGAAAAUACAUUGUUUAUAUAUUAAAAUAUUAAUUCUGGGUAAAUAAGCAAGUCUUCUGAUUAUUUGUUUUUUGGACAGACAAGGGGUCUUUGUAGGUCACUCACUGAAGAUGAAGUGGACAUUAAUCCUCCUGCUUGGUAGCACCUUGGCUGAGAUGACCUUGGGUUGGACAUAUCAUUACUCAAACAAUAGCAUGAACUGGACCAAGGCCCGAAAGUUCUGCCAGGACAAGUACACAGAAAUGGUGGUUAUCCAAAGCCAGGAAGAGAAUAACUUUCUGGUCUCAAUCCUGCCAAACAAAAGUAGUAGUCCAUAUUAUUGGAUCGGAAUCACUAAAAACCAGAAGAAUGAAACUUGGACCUGGGUUGGGAAUAACAGCACGUGGAUUGGUAAUCAGUCGUGGGCAGAAAACGAGCCCAACAACAACGUUGACACAGAGUUUUGUGUGGAAAUCUACUUGAAUGAAGGAAAAAAUAGAGGGAAGUGGAAUGACGAGAAAUGUGCUAACAAAAAAUAUCCUGUUUGUUAUAAAGCCCAAUGUAAUACAACAUCAUGUAGCAGAGGAAGAUGCCAGGAGACCAUACAAAACACAACCUGCCUCUGUGAACCUGGCUUUGAGGGAGACAGGUGCCAAACUGCUAAGAGAUGUGAUCCAAUAAAUUCCACUCAUGGCUCCAUGUCCUGUUCUGACCCAAAUGGUUCCUUCAGUUUCGGUUCUCGGUGCACAACAACCUGCGACGAGGGCUUUGUACUGAAUGGGACAGCUAGCACUGAGUGCAACUCCAUGGGCAUGUGGAGUGCAGAUAUACCAUCUUGUCUGGCUGUGGAAUGCCCCCCUCUGUCCCGGCCUGAUAACGGAAACCUUAGCUGCUCGGGAGGAAACCAGACGUUCAACUCAACCUGUCAGUUUAAAUGCAAUGCAAGCUUCCUGAUGAUAGGCUCGCCAGUUGUUACCUGUGGGGUCAACAGGGUCUGGAGCGGUCCAAGACCUUAUUGUGCAAGCUAUAAACAGGCUCUGAUGGCUGUGGUUGGGUGUGGAGCCAUCUCUGCUUUCUGCUGCAUCUGUUUUUGCUGGAUGAAACGUAGAAAAAGAAAGAAACUUGCCCAAGGAAGACAGCCUGAAGAAGUGACAUGUCCAUCCAGUGAAGCACAGGGAUGAAGGACAACUUGAACCUCAUUCAUAUCGUCAUAUUUAAAUAGAUCUAAUUACCCAGUUAUUCAUAUUAUGUUUAGUACAUUGUUUAUAAGUAAACCUAAACGGUCAUCAGCUGUGCAGGUUGUAUGAUAGGAUAAUCAGUUAGCUAAGUGUUUUGUUUAAUAUACUGUCUGGAGUGAGAAACUAUGGCCCAGCAGCCAACUUAAAAAUACACUAGAGUGUUUCUUGAGCAUAUUUCUAAUCAAUUGCACACUGUAAAUACAUUGAACAUCACUUCUUCACACAUCCACUUUUAUAUUGAAAUUUAGAAAAACUUUCUCUGUCUUAACUUCCUUGCACAGAAACCAAUAGUAUGCCAUUUCUGCCUGUUCUGUUUGUUACAUCUUAAUAACACAUUAACAAAUGUACACAUAGUAUUAAAUUUUUUUUAUGUGGGUGCUUAUGCACUGUUUAAGAGUUUAAAAGUUUAUUGCAUUAAUUUAAAUUACAUUUAGGAGCAGGAGAUAUAGAAAUAAGUUUUGUAAUGUGGGCACACUAAUUAAAAAAAAAGAUUGUUGUGUUGCGUAGUUUAAUAUUAGUAAGUUAAAACUUAAUGUGGAUAUACUGCAUGGAUAUAAAAUGUGUAUAUAUGAUGGUUUAUUAUCAGGUCAUGCAUAUGUAAACUCAUUUAAUAACAUUAGAGUUGCA